UCGUGACUCGUAAAUGUCUGUGGCCGCGCACACGCGAUUGACAGGUUUAUUUUUGUGUAGAAGUAGACUUUCGAAGUGUGCGAUGAUAUCCCUGUAUUUAGUAAGACCACUUCGCAGAUGUAGCAGCGUCUGGCGACAUCCAGCUUUAGCAGAAUUGGCUUGUAAAUUCGCAGUUGGGAACAGUCAAACAUCAUCGCGUCUAUGCUUUUCCACCAUAUCCCACGGCCUCGUCAGAAAUAUGGACGAAAUACUCCGAAAGACUGUUGCACCUUUACCCUCAUAUGAGACCAGAGACAAGUUCCCACCACCCCCGGAAUCACAUUCUGUGGAAUUUAUGAAUUUCUACCGAAGUUUAGAGAUGGAACAGAGAGUAGAGUUUUUGGAAAUACUGUCAGAAGAAUAUGGAGUGGACCACAAAGGCGUCUCAGAGCUAGCAGGGAAACUGCUUGAAACGCAGCUAAGGGACGUAGCAACUAUACUACAAGUGGAGGACCGGUUACGUUACAGUCUGACUCCCCGGUACCGACACUUACUAAGUCACAUAAGUAGGAUCGGGGGUGGGGUGAAGUUUUUAGUCGACUUUCGAGCAGAUGUGAUCCAAAUAACCUCGUCCAAAGCUAGCGACAGUCCACAUUUGAGGGACUUGAAUGGUACGCUGAAGGGGCUUCUGUCGGAGUGGUUCUCCGUCGGACUCCUGAGGCUGGAGAGGAUCACGUGGCAGUCGCCGUGCGCCAUCCUGCAGAAGAUCAGCCAGUAUGAGGCCGUGCAUCCGGUGCGCAACUGGAUGGACAUCCAGCGAAGGGUGGGGCCGUACCGCCGCUGCUACGCCUUCACCCACGCCUCCAUGCCCGGAGAGCCCCUGGUGGUGCUGCACGUGGCCCUGACGGAGGAGAUCUCCAACAACAUCCAGUCUAUAGUGCGAGACUUGGCCACGGUGGAUGCGGAGGAGGACGCGAGUAAGAUCCAUGCCGCCAUCUUCUACUCCAUCUCCUCCACCCAGCCGGGCCUGCAGGGGGUGGACCUGGGCAACUACCUCAUCAAGAGGGUGGUGCGCGAGCUCCAGAGUGAGUUCCCACACAUGUCCCAGUUCUCCAGUCUGUCUCCCAUCCCUGGCUUUACGUCCUGGCUGCAGGGCUCGCUGGGUCCCAGCCGUAAGGUCGAGGGUCGAGGCGGCGGCGGUGGGGGUGGUGGCGGCGGCGGCGUGACCGAGCUGCUGUCGGAGUUUGAGUGGCGUGAGGUGGAGGAGGCGGCGGGCGUGGGCCCCGGGCCCCCCGCGGUGGAGGCCCUGCGUCGGCUGCUGGCGUCCGGCGACUGGUCGCGCUCGGAGCGGCUGACCCGCGCCCUGGAGCCGGCGCUGAUGCGCCUCUGCGCCUGGUACCUGUACGGCGAGAAGCGCCGCGGCUACGCCAUCAACCCCGUGGCCAACUUCCACCUGCAGAACGGCGCCACCAUGUGGCGGCUCAACUGGCAGGCCGACACCAGCCCGCGCGGCGUGGCCAACUCCUGCGGCAUCAUGGUCAACUACCGCUACUUCCUGUCCGAGACGGCGGCCAACAGCGCCACCUACCUGCAGAGCAAAACGGUGUCGGCCUCGGAUCAGGUGCUCGCGCUGGUGGCGCAGUUCCAGCAGAACAGCAAACUCUGAGCAAUGCUGAGAAACACACACACACACACACACACACACACACACACACACACACACACACACACACACACACAGACUUGCACCCAGAUUCGAAUACAUAUCCAUAGACGCACACACGCACACAUACACGCACAUAUGCCCCAAGACCCAACACGUAUCCAUUCACACAAACAGAAAAAUAUGCAGACACAGAGUGUCACACGCAUUAACAUAUAAUUAAUCUAAUUGCACUGCCGGUGUAUAGAUCACAAACGCCUCUCUGAAUUGUGCCAUACACUGCCUCCCUCAUGGGAGUGAGUGUUGACUGACGUUAGGAGUGUGCCCAUCUCCCCUGGGUGUGUGUGUUCUGUGAUGUGAAGGCUGCUUGUGCUCCGCUCCCUAACACACUCAGUGAAACGAGGCUGCUCUGGUUUUUUCUUGUUUUGUUUUGUUUUUGUUCUCGCCUCGUACCCAAGGCAGCCUCUUCUCAAAGUAAGACGUGGGAUUUCUACUGCUGUCACAGUCCCACUCACUCACUGUAUAGGAAGAAGCAGACCAUGCAUCACAUCUCAUCUCGUCAGCCUUUGCAUCCUCGUGAGCAGGAUGCCAGAGGAGAUAAUGAGAAAUGAAAAAUAAUGAUAAUGAUAAUUUAUGAUAAUACUUCAGAACAAUAAAUGUUUUAAUAUUUA